AUGCUUUGUUACGUAAUAUCACCAACCGAAGACAGCACAAAGUACAAGCAGUGUAGGGGGCAGAAAGGAAUUGGCCUUGUGGCAAUUGGCAAAAUGGCAGAACGGCAAUUGGCAGAAUGGCAGAAGUCGGCAAAAUGGAUUAGCACGGCUAAACCUUCCAACACCUCAAGCAACUCGGCCUCGAUUGAAAGUCAGUCCGGCAUGGCACGGCGGAGUUUCAAAACAUGCCUGCUACUCGCCAACGUGUUCGUCAUUCUGCACGACUUCGAGCCAACGCUCAAGAUUCUAUUCUAUUUGGAGGGGAAGAAAAAGAUGGUGGAUGCUGAUGAUAACCCCACGAGCAAGGACAAAGGGGAUGUCCACGGUGCCAUCGCCAAGCUCCUUUUUGCGAAUCACAUCAAGUAUGGCGCCGCAUACCAUCAAAAUCAGAAGAAAUUUCGCAAUUCAGUCUCCAACCAGAUCUCAGUACUCAGAACAAAAUAUAAGAGGCACAAUGUCGGAAAUUUCCCCGCGUGCCUUCGAAUUCAAUUUAAGACAUUUUAA